AUGCGGUCAUCGACUAUCCUCCUCCUGAGUCUGCGGUCUCUCGCGCAUGAGACCAUCAAAAACCUCGUCCUCGCCGGGAUUGGGCGAAUGAUCAUUAUGGAUGAUGGGAAGGUGACGGAGGAGGACCUCUCUGGGGGUUUCCUAUUCAGGGAAGAAGAAGGUGCUGUUGGAAAGCUGCGCACUGAAGCUGCCUUGCCUCAAAUCGCCUCAUUGAACCCCCUCGUCUCCUUAUCCUCCUUCCCAACCCUCUCGCCUUUCGUCCAACCUUCAUCGGGAGACAAUGGUUCUUCCCUUCAGAAUGGAGCCGCCAAGGCGGACAUGCUGGAGUUCCUGAAGAGGGAAAAGGUGGACGUGGUAGUUGCGUGCGAUAUGACUCGCUCUGAGAUUGAAAGCAUCAAUGCUGCUACUCGAGAUGCCAAAGUCGGCUUAUACGCCGCUGGCUCAUAUGGGUACUACGGAUACGUCUUCGCCGAUCUUGGCCAGCACGACUUUGUCGUCACACCGCCCAGCAACAUGGGCAAGCCCGCCUCUACCCUUCUCAAAAAGUCGCUUUCAUACGUCCCCUUCGAGGCCGUACUCGACCGAAGCGGUUGGGCGGCGCCGUUCGGCCAAGCAGGAAAGGGUGGGAGUCCAUUCAGGGGUAUGAGUCGGACGAUGACCAAGGAGCGUGCACCGGGAGCUAUGGUCGGUCUGCUGUCGCUGUGGGAGUUUGAGCGGAGACACGGUGAUCUGCCCAGCGGGAAAGAGGGGCAAGUCGCGGAGCUAGGCGAGAUUGCCGAAGAGCUGCGCUCGGCUCUGGGAAUUCAUUUGAAGGCUCUGCCGCAGGUCGAGGGGAGCAUGAUUGAACACCUGGGGAACCACGCUACUGCUUUCUUUCCCCCAACUUUGGCCAUACUUGGCGGCUGUCUCGCUCAAGACGUUCUCCGCGCGAUAUCCAAGAAGGACAAGCCAAUCGGAAACCUUUUGGUGGUUGAUAGCUGGGGAGGACAGGGGGCCGUAGCGAGGUGGGGAAUGGAAGAUAUGCGGGAUGCCUAG